UUCGCUGAGCGAGGCAGAUCUAAUGGAGCAAAUGACACAUUACCCAAAAAAGGCCCAGUCAAACAACCGGCACGACUCUUCCAUGAGAACACAUGCCCAGGUGACUGGGACUGUCCACCCACAGCAUCACUAAGAAGUAUCCUCCACACAUUUUAUGAGGGAGAACUCAAAGAGGAUGAAGCACCAACGAUAUUCGAAAUCGCUUCAAUUAUUCGAUACCGAUGGGAAAUGGGACCCUUAGCCCAUCAAAUGGUGAACAUGUUAGGGCUCCCUAUGCCUGGCAAUGCCAUGUGUAUACUGAUCAAGGUUCGGAGUUCAGACGACCCUGGCUGUAUGUGGCAACGUCACCCUUCGAAUAAGAAGACUAAGGACAUGAUUCACCGUAUUGGCGACCUUCUCACGUCAAACGAUUCAACAAGCAGUCCAUAG